AUGAAUCAAGAAAGAAGAAGCAGAAACAGGAGCAGAAGCAGUAGCAGUAGUAGUAGCAGUAGUGGAAGCAAUAGCAGUAGCAGUUGCAGAAGCAGAAACAAUAGCAGUGGCAGAAGUAGUAGUAGUAAUAGCAGUAACAAUAGCAGUAGCAGUAGCAGCAGCAGUAGCAGUAGCAGUAGCAAUAGCAGUAGUAGUAGCAGAAGCAGUAGCAGAAGCAAAAGCAGUAGCAGAAGCAAAAGCAGUAGCAGAAGCAGUGGAAGCAGCAGAAGAAUAAAAAGUAAUAACAACAGUAUCAGUAUUAGUAGCAGAACUAACAAUAGCUGCUUGAAAUCUAGCUCGGAAUGUUAUUGCACUGUGACUUGACAAAGAUUUUGAUGUGAUGCAUCAAAGAUGAAGACAGAAUAUUUACCCUAAAUAAGUCAUGCUUGUGUAGAGGCUUGAAAGCUUUGCAUUUGUUUCCUCGUUGUCAGGCAUUCCAUUUUCCCUACACAAUAGCAAAUAAAUGUAAAAACCGAAUAUAAGAGAAAAAUUUCGUCAGGUUAUGCUUAACGUAACCGUUUGUUGGAUAUUAUCACAAAAUCGUGAUUUAAUUUGGUAGUUUUAAUUUUUAAAAUUUUCUCUCUUAGUAUAUCUUGGGGUUCAUAAAUGAGGGGCUUUGACUCGGGUUAUUAGAAAUGCCGAUCGACAACAGAAACACAGGAAUGUCCUGCCGAGUCUUAGGAGACACUCAGAAAAAACAUAUGUCGUGGGGAACUAUCUAAGGGUUGUGCGUGACAGACCUAUAUCCAAUUCUGCUGCCGGCAAUUUCGAAAAGGUUGUGUUUUGUCAAGGUUUUGGGCGGCUUGAGUGCGCCAGAACUGAUCGAGUAAUAGCAGCAAAGACUGCUUAAACUACGAGCCCUUAUCUUGAAUUUUCAUAUUUUCAUGAUUUUGUAGCUAGGCCCUUUUGGGCUUUUAUCCAAAACACUCUUCUUCUUCGUAUAUUACAUCGUCUAGUUUAAUACGCAGAAAUUAUGGCAAAGAUCACUAUGCACGCGCAACUGAAAUCACGAGAUGUCUAGCGGAAUUCAAGACCCAGAUGUUUUACCGCCAGAAAACAUCUUGGAAGUCAUUUAAAUGUAUUUUGACACAUUAUAAUUACCUUUUUACACUAUAGCGGACUAAAUAAUUCAGUUCGAAAAUACUCUUUUGUAAAUAAACCACGUGCAUUUCAAAAAUUUCAAUACAGUUUCAAUAAUUAGUUUUUAAAAGUUUACAAAAUUUUUUCUCGGGAAAUUUAGUUAAAAUAGUAAUACUAGUUUGACUUGAGAACAAAAACAAUUUUAAAAAAGGAUAGUACUGCUACUUCGAUGUAAAUAUAAGGUGUACAUCGGAGAGACUGGAAGACCUAUGCAAGACAGAAUUAAGGAGCACGAUCGAGACAUUCGACUCGCCCGUACCGAGACCUCCGCCGUUUCAGAGCAUGCCCACAACACCGAACAUAAGCCACUCUAGAACGAAGUAAAGUUUAUUAAUCGUGACCCUUAUUACUACACACGCAAGGUCAAAGAGGUAAUUCAUAUAAGACUUCACCCUAACAACAUCAACAGGGAUAGUGGAAUAGAAAUUCCAGAAGCGUGGAUGCCCACUAUCAAAACAACAGAGGGAGCAAAUCUCUGAGUGUACAGCAAGGAUCGAAAUGCACCGAUCAGAGCUGUUGAAUAACAACUAAUCACAGCAGAGCAUCAUGCUUUAUAAGAUCACACAUGACCAGUCGACCUCAUCGCCUGAAGAAGACUAGCAGUAUGCAGUCGAAACGUUGCGAUCUACAUCACACGUGACUACAUCGUGAGACAAACGAAAAACUUAGCUUUUAUUGUUAUUCACCACGAUGAAUAACCACAACCUUUUCUACAACAUUAUUGUACUUACCUCAAUUGGUAAGAAUGGCGCGUAAACUGAGUAUGCUGCGUAUAGGACGAAGUAAACCAGGCACAUCGAAAAAAGGAGGACUAUGUUACGCGAAGUCCAGGUUUCUUUUUUUGUCUUCGGGGGGGGGGGGUUCACCGGGGCUAUUAGUUAGGAGAGUCUUGGAGCUGCAACUCUUCAUGGUGAAAUCUCUACCAAUAUGCACCGAUAUGCUAUAAACGCGGGCUUACUUGCAAGUAGUAAGUGUGGUCAUCACACGUGUAAGUGGCAGGGUUUAUAGGGCGAUUCUGUCUCCGUGUUUCGGCUGAUAUUUUUCGGAAAAAUUAUUUUGCAACAGCUUGCAUAUAACUUACGAAAUUGUUACAGGCAUGUUAAGACGAAGUCGGAGGGCUUUCUCACCCUUCUGUCUAGAUAUUUGUUUAGCAAACUUCCUUUCGUGAUAAAUUUGGCCAAACUAUGUCUCUACUGACGACCGCAAUUAGCUACCAAGGGCAGACUGAUAAAAAACAUUGUACGAUAUUUCUUCUGAGAGGCAAUAGGGAUGAGCAAAGAGCUUUUUACGUUCUUAUCCAAAGAUGGAAUACCGAUAUGAAGAAGUUAGAGACGUCAUGAGUUUCUAAAAAUAAUGUUUCGAGCCGGUUAGCCCUUCGUCAGAGGAUUUUGGGUAGUGUUUGGCUUAUUUACAUAAGCACGGAGCUACGCUGUUGGUAGUAACAUGGUAACGCGAAGAAAAAAGAAUGAGUUAGUUGAAUCGAAAGUGUUUCUUUAUACUGUGGGAUUAGGGAUGUCCAUUUGAAGGUUUUUUUUUGUUGUUGUUCUAGAGUUUUGCGGCUUUCUGAGCUGUCCAGAUGUAGCGAAAGGCCACAGACUGCCACAUCGUGCCUAAAAUGAUUUGGGAGAUAAAGUGUCUAGCGACUGAUUUGAAUGUGUCUUUUCCAAUCCUUACUACGUCACGAAAGUGUUCUCGGAAUCAGUCGCCAAAUCAUCUUCCUGUUUCACCAAUGUCUAGCUUUGAGAUAAGUGCAAGAUAAGAAAUAGAUAACCUUUGCUUGGAUACAGGAGAAGUGAUCGGUGAUUACUACACCUGCAAAAAUCUAAAUAUCAUUUACUGUUUUAUCUGCUAUUAAAAUGGUAAGUGAUAUAUAUACCCUCCACAUAUACUGCUAUAUGAGGCGUUAAUACCGGCAAAUAUGAAGAACACAAGACCAGUCGGUGUGGGAUUUUAACCCAACUAUAAGGAAAACAGAUAAAGAUUUAGAAAAGUUAUGAACGUAGUAUAUCGGCAUCCAAAGGAAUUUCAGACAUUUGUUGAGGAAGACUUCAACCUGAGCUCUAACGCGAUUAUGGAUGCUAUUACUGUCUCAAAUGAAAUGACCAGGAUAAUAUUGACGCGUUCCACAAGCUUCUGUAUGCGCAUCUGAUCUGAAUAAGAACUGAAUCACCGGCCAGUUCGGUGUUAAAAGACAGUUUAAAAAAAAUAAUGUUCCAAAUAUAUCAUUCUAGCUUAUUUAGGGGUUGGGAAUUUAAGGGAGACAUACAUUUUCAUCACAAGUUUACCCGACUCUAUUAUGGUAAAAGAUUGUAUAAAGAUCAAACUGCUAGGAGAAAGUAGUUCUUCGAGAUUACAAAUUAAAGCUCUUGUUUAGAUUCCGUGGUAACUGGCUCUUUCCGUAAGUAAUGCUCCAAUUGAACUCUUAAGGAAACAAUAUAAUGGCUUUUGUUAAAAUUGAUCUCUGCACAGGAACGUCCUGGAAAUUAACCUUCUCACAAUAUCUAUCAUUUCUUGAACUCCCUUAUGUUUUGUUUAGGCGCAACUAAUUUCCUCUCUUUUAAGGUUGUAGGAAUAAACAAUUUUUACUUUUCAUCUCUGCACUGAUUGUACAACCAGGAAAUUUCCUCGAAAAGCACGUAGCUCGUAAAUCUAUGGAAGUAGGCGGUAACUUGGGUACGCCCUUUAUUCUUGAUCUUUUCUGUUUAAAAAUCCUAUUUCCUGAAUAUAUGUCGUGCUCCCGCAAUAAAUAAUGUAUUCGGUGGACCAGCAAAUCCUCUUGGUUGCGCAAUUCUUUUUAGAUUUUGCGGAUUUGUUUGAAUUUCGGGCAAUUUUCAGGUUCCAAAUGAUACAAAUCACUUUUAAUGCUUUGUAAAAGCUAAAAAAAAGGCUUAAAAAUGUUUGUGCCAGACAAGGACUCAAAAACAAUAUAUGGACAAGUGAAAGCCGAUAAAGAAGCGAAACGCGUCGCUUUUGAAGUAUUCAGAUUUUGCCUGGGUUUGAAGUCUGAAAUAUCUAGCAAACGCACUAAAGCAAUUUUAUCAUGUUCGAGCAAUUUAAACAUAAGGCUAUGAUGCAGUCGAAAAUUUUUAGUAUACUCUCGCCUCCUUUGAGCUUGUUGAGAAACCUACGAUUGGCCACUUGUCUAACGAAAAGCUGUUGAAAAGAUGUUUAUUCACAAAAUAAUUUAUUUAUGUCUCCAACAUAAACUAGAAGAGAAAUUUUGAAAAAUGAGAAAAACCCCGGGACCGAAUGAAAUAAAAUUGCCUCUCGAAACGCAUGUUCAGCUUGUUUGAAACAGAGGAGACAAUGUGUGGUCUUUCAUAAUUUGAAUUUAGAUGGAAUAUUAGAAUUUCAUAUCACUGUAACAGGCUGCAGGGGAUAUUUAUCAAUUGGUUCGUAGGUGCUUCAUCGAUAUAUCAAGCACGCGGGAGUUUGAUGAGCACGAAAGUAGCGUAGGAGUUGCUCAAGGCGCAGCCAAGAGCAACUCUAGCCUCUUGAAACUAUCCAAGUGCUUUAUUUCUCGAUGUGCAUUUCAUUUUGUCAGCUGUGCAUUUCUCAAGAUAUGAAUCACUUGGAAAGUUUAAAGAGCGCUUAAGAAGCUAGUGUUGCUCUCGGCUGCGCCUCGAGCAUCUCCCACGCAUCUUAUGCGAUCCCCAAACUUUCCACGUGCUGCAUAUCUCAUUGAACGCACGCCGACUAAUGAAACAAGGAAAUUUCCAAUCCUACAUAACUUUUAUAUAACUUUCUCUCUGAUUGCCCGAAAAUCUAUCGUUUAUUGUGCCGCUAAAGCACUAAAACUCUUCGGCCUUGAGUCAUGUUUUGAUGUCAUAUCUCAUGCGGAGGCAACUCUAAUAGAUUAACUCUCAGUUAAAGAUAAGAGGUACCCCACAGCUGAGCUGAGAAAAAAAACAUGAAUUUGGCCUCCCUUUUUCAACUUUAAAGUCCUCUAAAUCAUUGAAAAUCCAUGGACAUCAAAUAUCGGAACGGAAAUUGUCGUGCUAUUUGCAACCUCUGCGUCAAUGUGUCAAGCUCGAUGGUGCAGAAAGUCAAACCCAGUUCUAACGCGGUCCAACCCUCUUUCCCCUUUUUUUAAUGAAUUUUUAUAACAUGCUUUGAAAAGAAAGCUGUUGUUAAGAGUUACAAUAAGUUUUCGACAUUUUGGUCAAAGUACUAUCCAUCCAAACUGAAAAUGACCAUUACCUGUAGUUCAGAAAUUCGAUCCGAUGAUGAUAGGGAAAGCCUGAUAAUUGACAGCCUUCAACUCAGCGAGAAAGAGGAAAAGUGCUCCUCUGGAGAUGAUUCACCUGCGCUUCUUCACUACAUAGCUCUCUGCGCCAGCAACGGUGUUUGCGGCUUUAUGGCGUUUGUAACAUACUCUUUGUUUUCACCAUUCUUUCCUCAAGAGGUUAGCACUUAUAUUUAUUGAUUAAUGAUAUAUCACAACAAAUGAAGCCUACAUUGGAAAAUAAAUGUAGUUCCUAGUAAAUAAGUGACUAGUUGUCCUCAUAUAAUGAUUUCAAACUCCAAAUCAACAAAGAGGGUUACGGAUGCUCCUUUUUAGAAUAUUGAAUCAUUUACCCAUAAUUUAUCAGAAGUGUAUAAAAGCAUAACAGUUUCAUUAGAGACCGCAGUGAAAAAGGUGAGGAUGUGGUAAUAUUUUUCAUUGAUAGUUUCGUAAUCAGGGUAUUUUGACUUCGACUUCAAUUUGAAUUUUAAUCUCCUGAUUGUAGCUAUUGGUAUUCUUAAAAGCAUGUAUAAUAAAGCCUUUUCUUCUUCUUCUUUUUUAAAUAUUUGUUUUUGUGAAUGAUGAUUUACACCAUUUGUAUGAUCCUUAAGGAAACAUUUCUUCUUCUAGGAAAAACUGCCCAUUUUAUGGGGAGGUUACAGACAAUAUGAUAGAAAUAACCAAAUACAUAUUCCUUUGCAAUAAAGAACUUUUUAGAAAAUUUCAAACACUUCCUUUGAAGUAAAUCUCUUCGUGUUAUGUCUGCACCCAGGAAAGCAUCAAGGUAAUAGCUUUUAACUAUGAUCUCAUAUUAUGCUAACAAUUCGUGGAAUUAUCGUUAUCAUCAUUUAUUUUUAGCAAUACAAAACAAAACAAAUUUCUGAAAGGAUUUUAAUUUAUAGAAGGCGAGGAGAUGUCAUUAAAACCUCGUGGAUUUUUUUUACCGUUAUUUUUUCCAGAUCUAACGGAAAAACUUUAAACCUUUCCUUUAUCUCUUCCUAUUAGAUCAAUGUCAACGUCCUCUAAAAAGUUUUAAAUCUGGCUUUCAGAUGAGUUGUAAAACGAUGGUUACAUUUUUUCUACUGUUACCAAUUCUAAUGGAAAAUGUCUGUGAUCAAGAUCAGAUUUGAUUCUCUAAUUAAAGGAAGGGCUCGUUAAACAACAGCCUUCAAUCCAACAGGAGAGUGCAGUACUCGAGCUCAGAUUGUAUCUCUUGAGUUAGUUGACUUUGGACUCUUCGAAGCAUAGUUAUUAUCAUCCCCAUCAGUAUUGUCUACUUUGUGGUGUUUUAGGCACGUUCUGUAAAUCAUUCACUAUUCUUUCCCAGUGAGGGUAGCACCUAGCACUUCCAAUCGCUCUGACGAAGGGAUAACGCUCGAAACGUCAGCUUUUUUACUCUUUACGGUGGCCAAUUUACGUUUUCAACUCAGUUGUUAACACUAAAUUACCUGCUGGCUCUUACAUUUUUUUAUGAAUAAUAAUAUUCUCCUGUCUAGGACGCCCACGUUUGCCAAUUUUUACACUUUAUUAAAUUUAACCAGUAUGUAAUGUGUUAACGAUUCUCAUUCCUAAAUGUCAUUUUUUUCCUUGAAAUUAAUCAAGAAUAUGCCGUGAGAAGAUUGUUAAGGUUUCGGAUGCUUUUUCCCUAUGGAUUGGAUAAUCUGCCUUAAAAAUUUCAUUUGUUGUAAUUAAAGUAGAGUGAGACGAGUAUACUUUCAAAAUGAGCCUUUUUUUUAAUAUUCGUCUGACUGAUGAUUCAUGCCCUAAAGUUACUAAGUUGUUCUUUUGUUUUGCCUGUUUUGUUAUUCAGCUUAUGAUUCAUAUCGAGAUUCCAAAUUGUUUCUAUGACUGACGAUAUCACCCACUAUUCGGUAGCAAGAGAAACAUGUGGUUCGGGAGAACAAAAGGAAAAACGCAAAUUUGCAGACUUUGAUGGGUCUCAUUGUUUAAGAAAUAUCGGGAACCGUUACUCAGAUAAAACUUACGUUCCAACAUUAUCUUACCUUUUUAUCGAUGUUAAUUUCACCAUAAAGAGUUUAAGGGGUGACCUUUCGAGAGUUAGCCCCUAGUCGAUCGCUCUGACGAAAGGCCAACGCUCGAAACGCCAACCUUUAAACUCUUUAUGGUGCCCAAUUUAUGUUUUCAACUCAGUUGAUAACACUAAAUUACCCUCUAAGGGUGGUAAAUAACUGUCCUCAUUUUGGUCAAAGGAUUAUCCAUUCCGGUCCAUAAUGACUACUAGUUCAGAGAUUCUACCCAAUGAUCGGAGGAAAGGCUUGAUAAGUAACAGCCUUCAAGUCAGUGGGAAAGAGGAAACCUCAAGCUCAGAGUGUUCCUCUGGAGGUUGUUUACCUGGGAUUUCUCACUGCGGAGCUAUCCUCCUUAUCAAUUGUUUUUUGAACUUUAUCAUGGAUUUUGCUACAGAAGCGGUGUUUUCACCAUUUUUUCCUCAAGAGGUAAGCAAAUUAAGUCGAUGUUUCAUGGACUUUCAUUGUCAUUUAUGCAAAGGUUUUAAAUUGUUUGGCUUAUAUUUCAAGUUAUGCUCGCAUAAAGUCCUUUAAGGUCUACAUCACUAAGGUAUACAAAGCUGAAUUAGUUCAUGUAUUUGACCUAGACAGACCGUGUUCGUGAAGUCUUAUUCGUAGUUGUUAUUGCCACUGACGACAGUUAAAUGCUAGAAAAAGGAUUUUAUCGUAAUAAAUGUUUGAAUUCAAUGCAAUGUAUUCUUUGAGUUCUUUUUCUUUCUAUCAAGCAUUUUAGUGGGGAGGUUGCUUUGCAUGAGACUCUGGUUCCCGUUUGCAUCUGACCUUCUUGUACUUUCUUGAGUUAUUUGAAAAAAAAAAUCUAUGUUAGCGUAUAGAGAGUGGUAUCUUGCUCGCACCAAUCAGAUCGCCGCAUUAGGGUAUGUAUCUUGCACCAAUCAGAGCGUCGUUUUUGUUCUUUGGUUUUAGAGGUGUUCAAAUUUCAACGAAGUAAUGAGAGAUUCAGAGAGAGCGGUUCGUAACAUGGAAUCAUCUUUAAGAAUGAGAAAUGUUGGCUUUUCUGUGUUUUUAACGUAUAUUUUACCGCACUUAAUGAGAAGUGCGAUACUACUGGACAGCUAAAAGAUAUCCGAUUACCUAUAGUAAACGUGUUACUCAUGCUGACAAAGUGGUGGAUAGUUUUGUCGAGAGAAAAUGGGGUCCUCUGCCCUGUAGCACGAUCAUGGUUACUGUUCCUUCACGACGAGAGUGAGUGGAAAAAUUUUGAAUCAAAUAUUGCUUGGGGUGUUGAUGAAUCGCACCAAACAUUUUGAUUUGAGCAGUUCUUUAACGGCAAGCUGUGUUGCAAGAUUCAUGAUUUGUUGAGUGUGCCGAUUAUAUUUUUCUGGAUUGGUUUACUCGGUGCUAUCUCUAGAUGAAUGUCUGAUUAAAAUGAACUAUGAACGAUUUUGUGUAUGUUUUCGAUGCCUAGAAAAAGUUAUCUUGUGAAGUCUUUUGUGUUUGGCCAAGGACGAAUUCAGAUACCAUCGUUAGCAUGUUUAUCUGAUUUUGUUAUCUAGAUGAAUGAUUUACGGAGGUCAGUUAAUAUGGUUUGAUCUACUAACGUCGAAAAUACAUCAAGUCGAAGGAACAGUUUUAGAGGGGCCUAUUAGAAACCACAAAACCUUAGAAAAAAUCAUCCAAAACCGAAAAACCGAAAAAAAUUUCGAUCAAAACCGAAAACUGCCUGCAAAACUGUCAAAACCGAUACAUUUUCACAUCCCAGUUAUUAAAGCCCUGAUUGGUCCGAUACAGUGAUGACAAGUCGAGCAUACAGAGUAAACUACACUCAUUUAAUUACAGGAUUUAUGUAUGCUAUGGACUUGGCAUUCGUAUCUUCUAGUAUCUGCUUAAGUUAACAGCUGCUCUCUCGAGGACCUCGAGCGUGGUCUCUGCAGCUGGUAAUGGAAAGUAGUUAAAUUAAGGAAAUUCGCACAAAAGUACUCUAUAGGAUUGCAAUUUUGCAGUCGCAAAACGCUAUAACUCUGGAAAGUUUCAUCAAAAAUCCUUAAUCCAACACUUCCAUUUGCGAACUAAGACCUGAAAGUUUGGAGAUUCUAUUUGAAUGUUGAAUCAAUCAGUCACGUGCACGUGUAGCCUGUAACUCGGUCAGCAACUUCAAGGUGGCGUUGAUAAAGAUACUCUGGCAAUGUUCCGUGCUUAGUCGUACCCUACGUGUAGCCGUACCCUCCCCUCCCCCCACCUUGAGGGAGGGAGAGGGGAGGGGGAGGGUACGGCUACUGGUUGGCUACCUAGGAAUCCCUACGAUAUUCCAAUUGGUUUGUCACGCAUUUCUCUCGAUAACUUUUGCGUUUAGCGGCUAUUCGAGAUCAGUGGAGGCGCGUAACUGCCGCUCAGAUCGAAGAGAAACUGGAACCCUAAUAGGUCAAAUAGGAAAAAUCGAAAACCGCAUCGGAUAUCAAAUCCGAAAACCCGCUGGUAUUUUUUGCGAAAACCGAAAACCAGAUGCUGAAAAACGGAAUAUCCACAAACCGCAAUGAACACCAAAACCGAAAAACCGAAGUUUUUUGGCACAAAAACCAAAAAACCGAUCUAAAAAAUAGCUGAAACCACAAAACUGAAAAUCCUAGUGCCCCCCUCGUUUUGGUCUCGGUCCGCAUUUUUGUCAACGGAAUAAACACAUACCGUUUAAAAAGAUGAUAAUAUGAACCACUUGCAAAGCUGUCAAUUGUUUCUCGAAUGCUGUGCGUGUUAAAUAUUCAGUAGUGACAUCUCAUUAACAUCUACAUCUACUUUUAUCACAUUGGUAAAAUCUGUACAGACAUCACACCAACCAACUCGCGCGCAAAGUGAGAAGACUAUAUGAAGGCUUGAAAUUAUAUUAAGAUCGAUUUUGAUCAAGAAAUGGGCCAGGAAUAUUCCACAAUAGUGCAAACAAUCGGGAAAGCUGAUCGCGGAAAAGCGAUUGCAUGACGCUCGGUAAGUUGUAAGAUGACAUGUUAUCACAUACCAGACGAAAAAACUCUUUAGAUUCUCAGUCUGCAUUUUGUACCCACUCUGCAGUCUGCAGUCUACAUUUUGUACCUAGUCUACAUUUUAUAUCCGGUCUGCAGUCUGCAGUGUGCAUUUUGUACCAACAGGUAUCCGUGGCACCAAUAUAGUUUAUUUUUGGUCACAGUUAUUCGCACAACACACACAAUUUACCACAAAAUACCUGUGUGUGAGUUAAUUCGACAUUUUUGUUCUUUUCCGCGUUAAUACUCUUCUUUCCUUUUAAAAAAUUGUUUACCGUUUACAUAUUUUGAUCCAGUCCUAAAUAAGAGCACAGAGUUCAAGUACUCUGACACGUAUCUUAUCCAAGAGGUUUUAUUACUCACCCCACCUACAAUGCGUUAUGAUGCAUUUUUGCGACUACAUUGUAAGAAAUUUGCGGCAAGUAUUCAACCUUUUAUCUGCAGUAACUAAUUUGCACUUGCAGCAGUUUCUUUUUUUACAUUGCAGCAGCAGUAGUUCAGCAACUGUUAUACGUACUCGCUGGAACUAUGUUAUUUUGUGGUUUUCUGCACUAACAAAUAGGGUUUCGAAAACACGUCACUUGAGCACGCUAUGAGUAAGUCUUCUGGAAGUUGAGGAGCGCUGUUAGUAACCCGCUGUCAAUAUUGAGAGAUGACCUUUACAACAACAAACUACCGAAAGUAGAGAUCUUCCACCGGGUUUAGUUUAGUUGUUUAGUGUCAGUUCACAGUACUUUUCCCUACAUUUAGGUUGAUAAAGCUAAAGUGCGUCAAUUUCGUUAAAGAAAAAUUAACUCCGACCAUAGCCUUAUAGUAAUAUGGUAGGAUAUAUUUACAUACUGCACCUCCCAGGCUUGAGCCGAUGAAAAGUCUGUUGAAAAAAAUAUAUUCAAAAGAUUCAAAACACAACAAAAAAAAGACAAACAAGAAGUAAAAAAGGAGAUUUAAUUGACACUUAGAUGUGUCAUUUUUUUUCUAAGCGUCUGUAAAUACCAGCGAGAAAAGGGAUACGUCUGCGUUAUUGACCAUGGGUGAGGUCAAGAUGGCUAGAUAUUGGCCGAGUUUUUUGUUUGUUUGUUUGGUUUUUUUUUUGCGUUUUAUCAACCGAGAUGAGGUCUAGGUCCAUAAAAGUGCGAAAAAAGAAUGAGUCAAACAUCCUGCCGUCUUGACUUCACUUUUGCAUGAUCAAUAGAGGAUUUAUUGUAUUAAAAGAGAUUUCGCUCAGAUAUGAAUCAAGAAAGACUUUUUUUUUCGAGAGCCAGGAAGGAAAACCAAUCGUGUUUGUAGCAGAAUUAACCCACCAGACUAGUUUAUGUAUUUGUUUUAUGUAUUUGUUUUGAAUCUCUUUUGCUCCUUUUGCAACUCGGCUCAACUAGUAGCAGUAGCAGAAGCAGAAGCAGAGACAGGAGCAGAAGCAGUAGCAGUAGCAGUAGCAGUAGCAGUAGCAGUAGCAGAAGCAGUAGCAGAAGCAGAAGCAGAAGCAGAAGCAGAAGCAGAAGCAGAAGCAGAAGCAGAAACAGAAACAGAGGCAGACGCAGUUGUAGUAGCAGUGGCAGUAGCAGAAAAAGAAGCAGUGGUAGCAAUAGCAGUAGCAGUUGCAGAAGCAGAAACAGUAGCAGUGGCAGAAGUAGUAGUAGUAAUAGCAGUAACAAUAGCAGUAGCAGUAGCAGUAGCAAUAGCAAUAGUAGUAGUAGAAGCAGUAGCAGAAGCAGUAGCAGAAGCAGUGGAAGCAGCAGAAGAAUAA